AUGCCUGUAGAUGAAAGAGUUGCUAGAAGCGUAGCUUUAGAGCAAGCGUAUGUUCACGACGUCUACGAACAAUUCUACGACAACCCGAGGAGUAAACCUUGGCCAAAGGUUGAAGAGUUUUUGAAUGAUUUGGAGCCAGGAUCGCUUGUGUGUGACGUUGGGUGUGGUAACGGCAAGUACCUCAACGUAAAUUCGUCAUUAUUCAAUAUAGGAGGAGACAAAUCUAAUAAUUUGAGUGAAGUGGCUAGAGAAAAAGAAAACGAGGUUAUUGUCCUGGACAACCUAGCACUUCCUUUCCGAGACGAGAGUCUCGACGCUGUAGUCUCCAUAGCAGUUGUUCACCAUUUAGCGACAACAGAUCGUCGCAUUUGCGCCUUGAGGGAAUUAGCGAGAGUACUGAGGAUCGGAGGACGAAUCAUAAUCUCCGUAUGGGCAAUGGAACAGAGUCAUCGCAAGUUCGAGUCACAAGAUGUUUUGGUUCCAUGGAGAAGACCCCGACAAAUAAGUACCCCAUCCUUGGAACUCACUUCAACUACAACGAACUCCGAGGAUGACGGACAAUUGGCCUACCAUGCAUAUACACAGACGUCUGAUAGUGACUCGAGCAAAUCGAUCAGGCUAAACGGCAUCACCCGAAAAAAAGCAAAAAGUCGCACAAAAGGUCGUUCAAUCGACCCAGGAAGAAACUCUUCACCAAGUAGUUCCAGCUUAUCCAGCCCGAACGAAACAUGCUACAGCUUCGUACGAAGAGCUAUACAAAAGCUAGCAGGCGGUGGCCGUCGCGCAGGAGUCCAUCGACCUUGGUUUCUGGAAAGUUGGACCACCUGCGCAAAAGAUCCCGAGCCUAAAGUUUUUGCACCUGCCGGAUGCGACUGCUGUGAUUGUCUAGAAAAUGCUUAUGAUAUUCCUAUAGAGUUGCGAAGAAUAGAUGAGGACGAGCUACCACAAAGAAGACAAACGUUUCCUUCUUCACAAUUGAUUAACGAAAUAUCUUACUUGAAAUCUAAAAGCAUGACAAACAUGAGAACCGUUGAGAAUAACAACACUUUCGUGAAGAAAACAGACAUCUCCAAUAAACCCUCGGAAACCAAGGAACCGGAAAGUGAACAACCAGUGAUUACCAUCCCUAAAAACUCGUUAACCAAACCAAAACUGGUGAAGCAGAAAAAAUCAAUAUGCGAGGAACACGAGGACGAGGCUUUAGACCAACCUACUGAUAUGGCUCAACAGUCAAGUUUACCGGAAUUCAAAUCCUCUUUGAAGAAAUAUAACCGGAGUGCAGUACUGAAACAAAGGUCGCUCAAUGAGGAAUUAAUGUCGACUGAUAGAUUGCAAGAGAAGGAAAGGCUACGGAGAAACAUUCAGAAACAGGCGUCUCUCAACGAAGAUCUAAUUUACCAUAGAUCAUAUGCUUUCGAGAACUUCAAGGACUCUGUUCUUUACGUGUCUACUUCCAAGCGCUUCCGUCUCAUAAAAACUGGCUUCACUAAUAAGUUCAAGAAUUCUACUACCAAUAUUGAAAGAGUUACAGGAUCUUCUUUGAAGAAUGGUUUUGUUCGAAUGUUCCAAAACUGGAAGAGUUCCGACCUCAUUUCUCCAUCCAUCCCUGAAGACGAACCGGUGGAAAACAUCAAAACUCCUGCACCUAGCAACGAGGAAAAGAAAGAAUGUGAAGGUACAUCCGAAAGGAGGUCUUCUAAAGAGGACGGUUCGGACUCAUCAAAAGACAGCAGUUUACAAAGCGAUACAAGCGUAGACUCAGAAGAUUCGUUCGCUUCGGUUAUUUUCGUUCCAAAAUCGGAUCCGAUGUCUCCGCUAACACUAUCCCCGGGUCCAACGUCACCCCGUUUGAAAAAUACUUCAGUCCCCAAUUCUCCCCGAAUCAAGCAGUCCUCUUGUCCGACUAGUCCUCGUAUCAAACAAAUGCCCUUAGCAAUCCAUCCUUUGACCAAACAGCUGAGCUCUCCGAAACCUUCAACAGAGUCAUUGGUAGAGAAGUUGGAACGAGAUCACAUCGUAGUCACGGAAGUUUCAAUUAAAGAGCCCAGCAAAACUCUGGCUCAAAAAUAUUCAGUACAACAAAUUCCUGUAUUCCAAAAAACUAGUUUGAAUACUCCAGCUAAGAAGGCCUCUUCAUCUCCUCCCAGCCCCGAGAAAUCGCCUGAACCCACUGACUCAAGAAACGAACGACUGAAAAAAAUUAAAGAACUGUUAAAACAGAAGCCAGGUUUCGGAAUACGCAAUAGCAGAUCAAGUUUUCCCAUAGUGCGACAAUCUUCUGUUUCCAACGGUAAAGUGGAAGCUAUUGCCAAACCAUUACCGAAACUCUUGACUCUCGAACUGUUCAAUCCGGAAACUGACGAUAAGGAUAGCGAUUCCAGUUGUGUAUCCUCACCAGACUCAGUAGAUAGUGUUAUUAGUAUUAGUAGUGACAGAAACUCACCGGCAAACCUUCGAUUUAAAUUUCCUCCAAUGAAAGAAAAACGUGAAACCAACAUGACUUUAUUGGAAGCAGCUGCAGAUGUAGCACAAACUUUAGACGACGCCGUAGAUAAAGUUAUCAAAUCGAGUCCGAGAACGAAGAAGAGACUGCAAUCCGGAGAGGUAUUUACCAUUUUACAACGAAAAUAUUCCUCGGAUACUGCUCCUUUAUUGGGAGAUGAUUCUGAAACCAGCUGGGAUGAAGAUUGUCAGAAGCAUUUGACGGACUUUGCAGACAAACUCAGUGAGAAACUGUUGCAGGAAAUUGAUCAGUAUCAAGUUAAAACUAAGUCAUCCAACUCCUUAGAGAACUUUGAAGAUCCAUAUAUAAGUCGUUUAAGCGAGGAGUUGGAGGACCUUUCAAAGUUGAGCGCGGAGAUACAGAAGCAAAACGAAUAUUUGGCUAAUCUAAGUGCUAGUGAAAAGUUGUUUGGGAAACCUUGUGUGAAAUGUAAACACAGUGCGUGUGCUUGCCCCAGAAAAAAAACUAAAGAAAACGUAGUGAAAAAUAUUCAGCCAGCCAACGAUGGUGAAUGUUCUACCAGCGGUAAAAGUGGCGGUAGCACUAACCACCAGCAAACGGACAAUUCCUCACGAAAUGUAGAUAACUCAACGAAGUGUGAUAUAAAAAGUACUGACAUUGUUGUAGAAACGGAACCAGCUCUCUACUCGAAUGUUUCUACUGUCAAUAAAUUAUCCAUUAAAAUGGGCACUUCCUCCGACUCUUGUGAUUCCGAGAAAGGUGAGCACAUUAGUAGUAAACGUAGUAGUAUAAUUUAG